ACGUUUGAGGAAUGCUAUAUCAUCUUAUAUCAUGCGGCUCUACGUCCAUGAUGCCGGAACUGGCAUUCCGGUUGUCUGACAACGACUUCCGAGAUGGGCAAAAAAAAGCUCACACUAAAGUCCAGUUCCACAGCAGCUGUACAAUCCAAUGCUCUUGCAGAUGACACUGCCGACUCGUCCCAGGACUCCAGUUUCUUUCCAUUCGCCCGUUACACCAGCGUUGUCGGCGUAAAUUCCAGCUUGAUGGUCUUCGUCGGACUAUUUCUACCGCGCUCGACAACUCUUUUCGACGGAGCCAAAUCUAAUGCGUCCACUCAAGCGACUUCACGGGACAGGCCUCAACAUUCCUUUUUGGAACCUAUAACGGCGAAUCCUGUAUCAACGUUGGUUUACGUCUGUCUGGGAGUGAUAGUUCUGCAAGCUUGGUGGAGCGCGUGGUUGAGAGACUGGUGGAUUGAUUAUUCUCUCAAGGGCACUCGGGAUGAUAAGAAGAUGCAAAAGCAAAGUUUAGAUAGAAGAAAACUGUCGCAACUUGGCAAAGCGUGGAUAUUUGCCGCUGGAACCUCUGUCUUUUUCCAUGCUGUCACGGUGCUGCUAGGCGCACCAUUGUUCAGUUAUGUCCCGCAAACUUACCUAUCCGCCCUCCUCCUUGCGGUCUUGACUGUUGUUCCUCCUGCCUACACUUUUGGCAUUCCGUCUCUUUCAUCUGAUACCGAAAGCUUGUUGACCAGACUAAAUUGGAUCAGGAUGUUCGCUGAGUUCCGGAUAUACAACCCCAUCGAGCGGGCGGUGGUAUACCCUGCUGUGGGUGCAGUUCUGGGCAGCUGGUUAGGGGUUAUUCCAAUUGCUCUUGACUGGGACAGACCAUGGCAGGCAUGGCCUUUGACUCCUGCUUAUGGUGCCCUUGUGGGCUAUAUCACUGCAUCGUUAGCAGCCCUCACUGUCAGUGGUAUAAAAGCCCUCGCUGAAGAGCAUCUUCGUUCCUUGCGAGACAGUAAACAAAACUAAUGCUAUAUUGUGUAAUUACUC